AUGAGUUCCGACGAUGAGUUCCAACAAUUGGUGGAUAGGGAGUUCGAUGAACUCGUUCAAGAGGUGCAACGGGAAGCAGAAGAAGAGGCGGCGGCGGCGGCGUUCGUUUGCCCGUUCUAUCAUCGGCGGACCAUCUGCCGUGACCAUGUCGGGGCAUACCAGCGGUUGAUGGAAGACUACUUUGGCGAUAACCCCCGUUACUCGGCAGAGAUUUUCCGUCGCCGCUUCAGAAUGUUGCAACGGUUAUUCAUCCGUAUAGCGACUACAUUGGCGCAGCGGUACAAGUGUUUCACACUGCGCAAUGAUGCUAGCGGCCGACCCGAGUUGUCGACAUAUCAGAAGUGUACCGCUGCAAUUAGGCAGCUUGCCUAUGCCGGACCCGCUAAUAUGUUCGACGAAUACCUACAGUUGGGUGAAACAACUGCCCUAACGACGCUGAGGCAGUUUUGUAAUAGUAUCUAG